CUGUGAUUGUUUACACUUUAUGUUAUAGAAGAGACAAUGUUCCUCCCACCUUAUUAAAAUUAUAUAUAUAAAGAUGACGGUGGAAAAGAAUAUGGGAGUUGAUCAUAGUUUGAGAUAAGAACAAGCAAAGUCUACAUCUUAUGCUGGCUGCCUAUUUUGCAGACCAAAACUCCAAACAUUAUUCCUUCAUUUCAGCAGAAUUAGAUCUUGGUUUCAGCCACAUACCUUUAACCUUCACACACAACAUUUUCUCCUUUUUUAAGUCAUUUUCUCUGUCAUCCUCUUUUGUUUCUAUUAACCACAAUCAUAGACAAAAAAAUCCCUUGUACCUCCUUUUCAGAGAAGAGCAUUGAAUCUCCUUUGAUCUUCCAAUUUUCACACAAUAUCUCUAUCCCUUGAAAACAAAAUGCUUCCUUUUGUACACUGUAUCUGGAUGCCUUCUGUUUCCUUCUACUUCUGACUUGUAAAUCAAAAGUAACCCCAUAUUUUCAAAUUCUACCCCUUUAAAUCUCUUUCCCCUUGUUUCGCUUUUUAAUUUGAAUUCUUUUCCUCACUUUUCUCUCCUAACUCACAUCCAACCUUAAAAAGUCCACCUUGUUUGGCUUUCGUUUUUGUUCUGUUUCACACUUCAACUUUGGUGGCAACAAAGAACAGCGUGAUUAUGUGUUCUGAAAUAGUUCCCCCUCGUUUCUCUUUUUCCCAUGAUGUCUCUGAGCAACCAAAGAAACAAGAUGCGUCACGCAAAGACACUAUGCUUCUUGGGUCAAAUCAUGACUUUGAGUUCAGCACCGGGAGAAGAAGCCUCGAGUUUGAAUCAUCUUCUGCUGACGAACUUUUCUCUAAUGGGGUGAUGCUUCCCGUUCAGAUGCAACAGAAGAGAAACACAACUCGGAAACACACCCUCUAUGGGGAAGCUCCGUACACGAGACUUCCUCCACUUCCAUGUUCCCCUAUUAUGAAGAAAGAUAGCAUUAGAGAAGUUGUCAAUGAGAAUGGUGGUUGUUGUGAGAAGAAAACUCAGUCCAACUCUUUCUGGGGGUUCGGCAGAAGCAAAAGUCUUAGUUGUGAUGGAAAGAAAAGCUUCAUGUCUUAUUCACCUCCUUUGUCAAGGAGCAAUUCAACUGGUUCGGUGCCACUUCCAAAGAGAGUUAGUUCGAGCAGGCAGCAUUCAGCUGCGAAGCCACUGUCAUCUUCGACUUCUUCAACCCUAAAUUUGUAUCCUGUGCAAAGGUCUCGUUCUGGUAAGAGUUAUUACGGUGGAUCUUAUGCCAAUGGUCUUUGGAUCAGUCCUGUUUUGAACCUACCAACUCCUUGCAUUUCGAAAGCAAGUGCUAGUCUCUUUGGGUUGGGUUCUUUUCUACGUGUUGGGAGGGCAAAGAAAAGCAAGAAAUAAUUUAAUUUGUUCAUAUUAGGUGAUGUGAUUAGUUAUGCUAAUUAGCAUGAAGCUUAUUAUAUAUGCCUAGCUAAUGAUUUGGAGAGCAAAAAGAAGAAAUGUAUGAUGAGGAUGCAGUUAAAAGGGUACUACAGGGUCGGGAGACAGAACAACGGGAAUCUGUCGGUCUUGUAUUGUUUUCUGUGUAUAAUAAAUGGAAGGUUUCGUGGUUA